AUAUUAUUGACAUCUAUAUAUUUUAUAGUUUUCGCAGUAAAACCUAUAUUGUGAAGCGCAUAAGUUCCAAAAUCGCAUAGCUUCAUUGGCUACAAUCUUUAGGUGUGGUCGGUUCCGUAUCGGACGCGUGACGGGUCGCGCAGCGUUGCCGUUCCGACGAAUUCGUUCCCGCCAAGUUUCGUUAUGUAAUUUAACACCAAAAACAAUGAAAUACACUGAAAGAUAAAUGAUAAGUGAACGAUAGGACGUGAUUAUAGAGGUAACUAAUGAAUAAAUCCAAAUGAAUGCUAAUUAAAACUUAUUGUUUGCGUGCGGCGUUGCCGGUCUGUGUCACUUUCCCAUGUCGGAGUCGUCGCGUCAGUGCUAUACAUCACGACCGCCCGCCGGGUCACGAUGCCUCUACCGUUUAAUAAAACAUUGGAUUUAAAAUUGCUGCAACUAGUAAAGGAUAAUCCAAUAAUAUACAACACGAAGCAUAAGAAAUACCUAGACUUUGACAAUAGAGAAGUUGUUUGGCAAAAAAUUGGCGACGCGCUAAAUAGGCCAGCCAGCAUAUGCAAAUCACGGUGGAUCAACAUUCGUGACAUGAUGCGUCGAAAGCUCCGGGACCGGCUCCGCAACCCGCACCAAAAGAGUUACAACUACAAAUAUGAGGAAGAACUAUCCUUCAUGCUGCCCUACUUCCGAGAAAUGAGCUCCAACGACUACGCGGACUAUUUGGAAGAAGCUAGCGAGGCAGAAAUACCCGUAGAAGUUUUUGGGACAGAAGUUUUUGGACGGGAAACUGAAAUGAAGCCAGUGUUCCGAAGUAAACGAGAUGAUACCUUCGAAUUUCAGGAUUUAAACCCGUCUGAUCCUCUAGACGUGUUUCUCAUCACUAUAGGUUCAACUCUUAGAAAAUUAACUCCGUGUUACUUGAAUCAGGCUAAGAGCAAGAUAUUCCAAAUUGUUCAGGAUUAUGAGCUCCAGCAAAUCAUGGAAAAGGACAGCCAGCCAAACACUAGCACGGAUAAUAGAUAGAAUUUGGAGAGCACUUUUGUGUAUGUGUUUUUGUCUGUGAUUUAAAGCACAAGAUUUCACUUUUAUGUGACGUUAUUAGAUAUUGUACACUUUAUAUUUUUUCACUGAUCGAUUUCUUCACAGGUAAAAGAAUUUCUGUUCGACUGAUUUUUAUUUGUCACAGAGAAAAUUAUGAUUGUUGUUUGUAUUUAUUUUGUAAAUGUUAAUUAAUAGAUUAGUGAUAAACGCAGGGUAUGUUAAUUGUUAGGCCAUAGAAAAUUCACACAAAUUGCCUAUAUCACAGGAAAUAACUGUGACUAUUUUAAAUCCUGGUAAUUUUAAGUUGUUACUCAAUCUUGCCAUCGACUCGAUUUUAAUGAAUACUUACUGGUUUAAUCAGGUUACCUAUGGUAUAUAUACAUAGACUAAAGGAGUAAAAAAAUACGCAAAAAGAUGCGUCAAUUGUUUAUCUGAUCUUAUGUAAAUAUUAUGUUUAAGACGAUGAUUCUGUGAUGUUAUUCGUAAUAAAGCUGUUUUAACUAGUUACUUAUAUU